CGCGUGUUUGAAGUUUCCGGUUCACUAAAUAGGUAGAACUGAAGAUUUCGUUUGUAAAAAUAGGUAGAACUAGCAUUGUGUUUGUAAUAUAACAUGUGAUUUUGAAAGAAAACCUAUAGACGAAUGGCAAAAUGAAUUUGUGAAUAUAUAGAUGAUCAUAGAAAUAAAACAAUAGUCUAAGGAUGGGUUUUGGAACACAACUUAGAAUACUCCUAUGGAAGAACUUUACUAUCAGGAAAAGACAAAAGUUUCGCUUGUUUGCUGAGAUUGUAUUUCCCUUAGCCUUGUUUUUGAUUCUUGUGAUAGUAAGAACACGACCAGAUCUCAAAGUCAAUCAACCAGAAUGUCAUUUUGAUGGCAAUGCUAUGCCGAGUGCUGGCACUUGGCCCUUUCUACAAUCAUUGGUGUGUAAUGCAGAGAACAGAUGUUACCAGACAGUUACAGCUGAUGAGGCUGCGGGUACAACAGCCACAGGAAAUCCACAGGCUUUGAUAACUAGAAUUUUGACAGAUAUAGGACAAUUAGCAGAUCCUGUACUUAUACAGAACUUACUAAGAGAUGGACAGAUUAUAUUUAGAGUACUUGGCAUGAUCAUAAAUGGAACAGCAACAGGUGGUCUCAACUUAGGAAACAUAGUGACUAAUCCUACAGACCUGAGGAACCAGAUCAUUAACAACAAUAUCAGUCUGUCUCCUGAUGUAAUAGAUCAGUUACUUAAUGCAACAAUCAAUCCAGCUGCUCCAACUGGUGUAUUGAUUGACUUCGGAGAAUGUCGACUGAUACAAAACAAUGGAACAUCAGGUAGUUUGCCAAACACCAACACAUCUGCUCAGGAUCUACGUAGUCGUGUGUGUGAUAGAAACUUAAAUGAGACUAUUAUUCUCCCGACACAGUCUAUCUCAGAUACAGUACAGGCACAGCUGUGUAAUCUGACCCUUGUCCAGUUUGACCAGUUGUAUGGAUUACUUCUGUCAGCGCUCAACAAUACAAGAUCAAAUGAAGAGAUAAUAGAUUAUAUAGAGAGGAAUGGAGGACAAGAGUUACUAUCUAAUCCAGUAGAAUUAUUACAGUUAGUCAAUGAUUUCACGACCUUGUACCAGGAUUACCAGAAUGACAGAGAUGUUAUUGAUACUGUUGAGAGCCUGUUCAAUCAGCUCCAGGGAACUGCAAUGGGACAGACUGUCAAUGGCACUGCCUUGGUCCAGAAUUUGGUGUGUGGGCGAGGGGCAACCAAAUGUAGACCUGGAUAUUAUAUAGCUGGAGCUAGUUGUCUCCCCUGUAAGAUAGGAACAUUCCAGCCUAAUGCUGAUCAAGGAUCCUGUAUACAAUGUGAAGAUAACCUAAAGACUAAUUCUACAGCCUCUACCACUGAGAACGACUGUCAAGUGAAUUGUGGAGCAGGACAGGAGGGAGAUGAUGAUUGUUCCAAUUGUAAGUCAGGUUAUUAUAAACCAUCAGCAGGGCUUUAUCCAUGUAUGAUAUGUCCUCAACACAGAACAUCUAACCUGGCCAGAACACAAUGUAAUAUCUUAAACUGUGCACCUGGAUACAACAUCAACAAUGGCCAAUGUAUACAAUGUUUGAAAGGGUACUACCAGACUGGGUAUAACAUGACAUCAUGUACAGCAUGCCCAGCCAACCAUGACACACAAAAUACAGGGUCCAGUAAAGCUACAGAUUGUCAGGAAAUCUGCCCUGCUGGUACAGAGGGAGCCACCUGUAAGAAAUGUGAGAUAGAUUACUACAAAUCUACAUCAGGAAUCCAGGGGUGCAUGAAGUGUCCUGAGGGGUUUACUGCAAGUGAUGAUAGAUCUAAAUGUAUAAUGGAUUGCAAAGCCGGUUCAUACAUAGAUGGCAAUAAAUGUUCUCCUUGUGGUUAUAGCACAUACCAGCCUAAACGUGGUCAGACAUCUUGUUUGUCAUGUGACUCCAACAAAAAUACCACAGUCACUGGAUCUGACAAAAAAGAUGAUUGUAAAGUAUUCUGUGGUCCAGGAGAGGAAGGGACAGACACAUGUUCUCCAUGUAAAGACGACUAUUAUAAACCAACAGGUGGAAGGACAGCAUGUUUACAAUGUACAGGUCACAUGACCUCUACUAAAAAUGACAGAACUAAAUGUACAGUUUUAUAUUGUGAUAGUGGCUAUUUCUAUAAUGCUGGAGACAAAACCUGUAAACCUUGCCGAAAAGGAGAUUAUAAAAGUGAUAGAGGAAUGGCAAAGACAUGUGAUUCAUGCACAGCUCGAUAUGAGGUGAUAGGCAACCCUGGAACUCAGUGUAAAAGAACUGUGUGUGCAGAUUUGAUCGAUAAUCUCAAGUCCAAUAGUUUUGGUAAUGCUAUUUGGAAACAGUUAAAGCCUCUGGUGGAAGGAAAGAUCCCAUAUGCGCCAAAUACAACAGCAAUAAAUGAAGUCAUUAAAAUGGCAAACAAGACAUUUGAAGACCUAUUUAGUAUUGUGGACCUGGCCAGAUCAUGGAGAGCAGAAUCUGAUGUUUUGUUUAAAUUUCUUGAAACUAACCCUGAGAUACAACUUCUUAGAGAUUUCACUUGUUCUGAAGCAUGUGAUAACCUAUGGCAUACACUUAGACGAACAGCUUGUAAUGGAACACUACCAGGAUUUAAUAUAUCAUCUGUCUUAUCUGGACUUAAUAUUGGUGGAUUUAACAUUGGGUCCUUAAUACCUGCUGGACUCUCUACAGGUGUAAUGAAUGACUUCUUGUCCACUUUACCAGGAUUUAACCAAAGUGGACUAACAGCCCUUUGUGAUGUAGACCCAAACUACAGCCCCUGUGAGUCACUGUUUCAGUUUCUGUACAGUGGUUCAGAUAUUAAUAUAUCCAACUAUACAUGGAAGGAGGCUUUAGAGAAUGUUAACAGUGUGCUUGAAAUGGUGUCAGAAUAUGGAAAGUGCUUUGUAUUUGACAAGUUUGAAGGAUUUAAAUCUGAGUAUGAGUUGACAUCAAGAGCAUUACAGCUGAUUAGUCAAAACAAAUACUUUGGUGCUAUUGUGUUUGAUAAAGAACAUAAAAAUGGACUUGAAUCACAUGUGAAAUAUUCCAUCAGAAUGAACCAGGAUCGUGUUGAUACAACAAACAAAAUUCAAAAUAGAUACUGGCAACCAGGACCUAGAGCUACAGCUGGAUUAGAUACAAAAUAUGUAACAUAUGGGUUUGCCUAUAUACAGGAUAUGAUUGACCAUGCUAUUAUAAAAAUCCAGACGUACAAUACAUCUGAUGUAGGAGUUGUCACACAGAUGUUUCCAUAUCCAUGUUAUAUCCAAGAUAAAUUUAUCUUCGCCAUAUCCAGAACUUUGCCAUUAUUCUUGGUGUUAGCCUGGGUGCUGUCUGUUGCCAUGAUAUGUAAGAAUAUUGUGUAUGAAAAAGAGAUGCGUCUGAAGGAAAUAAUGAAGAUUAUGGGAUUAGGUAAUGGUGUCCACUGGCUGGCGUGGUUUAUCGAUGCCUUUAUCGUGAUGUUUAUAUCUCUGAUACUGAUGGUUAUUAUUUUGAAGGCUGGUAAAGUUCUUGAACAUUCAGAUCCCUCAGUAAUCCUGUUCCUGUUAACUGCAUUCACAGUGGCAACUAUAUCACAAUGUUUCCUCUUCAGUGUUUUCUUCUCCAAAGCUAACAUUGCAGCAUGUGUUGCUGGGUUUCUGUACUUCAUGUUGUAUUUGAUAUACCCUCUGUGUAUUCAGUUUGAGGAAGUUAUGACAAGUACACAUAAAAGUAUAGCUGGUCUGUCGUCCAGUGUGGCCUUUGGGUUUGCCUGUAGUUAUGUGGCUAGGUAUGAGGAACAAGCCAUUGGUAUCCAAUGGAGUAACAUUGGUGAUACACCUAUUGUUGAUGAUAAUUACAGUUGUUUGAAUUGUAUCAUCAUGAUGAUUGUUGACGCCAUUAUAUAUGGUUUGUUUACCUGGUAUAUAGAAGCAGUUUUCCCUGGUCAGUAUGGAAUUCCAAGGAAAUUUUAUUUCCCCUUUUUGAAGUCAUAUUGGUGUGGCUCAUCUAUAUCCAAAGAAAGAAGUGACCAGUACAUGUAUCAAGGGUCAACUAUGGAACUGAAAGGUCAAGGUAACGCUAAUGUAGAGGAAGAACCAAAGAACAAAAAAGUUGGUGUGUCCAUCAGAAAUCUAAAGAAAGUUUAUAAAACUGGAAACAAAGUAGCAGUGGAUGGUCUAUCAAUAAACUUUUACGAGGGACAGAUAUCAUCAUUCCUGGGACAUAAUGGAGCUGGCAAAACAACUACAAUGUCUAUACUGACUGGACUGUUUCCUCCAUCAGAUGGCACAGCCUUUAUCUAUGGUCAUAAUAUACUGACCGAGAUGGACGCUGUCAGGGACAGUCUUGGUAUGUGUCCUCAGCACAAUGUUUUGUUUGACAAACUAACAGUUGAAGAACAUCUAUGGUUUUAUGCUCGUUUGAAGAACCUUGAACCAGAAAAGGUCAAACGUGAAAUGGUCAGAAUGAUUCAGGACGUUGGAUUGCCACACAAAAAGAAGGAAUUAUCUUCAUCACUCUCUGGUGGUAUGAAGCGGAAGCUUUCUGUAGCUAUAGCCUUUGUUGGUAAUGCCAAAACAGUUAUUCUUGAUGAGCCUACAGCUGGUAUUGAUCCAUAUGCCAGGAAAGAGAUUUGGGAAAUUUUACUUAAACUCAAGAAAAAGAGAACGAUUAUCCUGUCUACACAUCACAUGGAUGAAGCAGAUGUACUUGGUGACAGAAUUGCCAUUAUCUCACAAGGUAAACUAUGCUGUUGUGGUUCUAGCCUUUAUCUGAAAUCACAGUAUGGUAAUGGCUAUUAUCUGACCUUAGUACAGGAUGAUGGCAAAGGCAACGACAAAGAGGACAGUGAUGACGACAUGGAUUUUAAUGAGUCAAGAGCACAAUCUAGAGGAAGUGUAAGGACAACUGUAGAUGUCAAGCCAGUAGUAAAUAAGCUGUCAGAAAUAGAAGAUGAAGGUUUUGGUGACAAUUCUGAUGACAAAAGUGACAGUGGUGGAUCUAAGCCUCCAACUCCUCCUCCAGAAAGUGCAACCAUGGUACCAGGAUUUUCUACAAAGAGAACUACAGAAUUUAUUGGUAAAUAUGUCAAGAAAGCCAAGCUUGUUGAAGAGAGCAGUACAGAAUUGACUUAUCAACUACCAACAGAGGCAGCUCAUACAGGACAGUUUGAACAAUUAUUUAAACAGUUAGAAAGAUGUCAUAAAGAUAUGGGGAUAUCUAGCUUUGGUAUAUCUGAUACAAGCCUUGAAGAGGUAUUCUUGAGAGUUGCCGAUGAGACUGGAGUUGAUCAGGAUGAUGAAACAAAAAGGAAGAAAUUAGAGGAAGGAACUGAUAGUGGUAGAUUUGCUAAACCUGUCACUAGAUUAAGCUUCAGAAGGAAGAAAAAGAAAUCAUUCCUGAAAAUGUUAGCAAUAAAAGGAAAGAACCCUAAGGUAGACUCAGAAGAACUUAUGGAUGAUACAGUGGACUCUCCAGAUAAAUGUCUUCUUCAAAGAGAAUCUGUAAUAUCAGUUCCAACUAGUGAAAAGGGUAUUGAGACCGGAUUCAGCCACAAGGACCAUGUUAAACAUACAGGGUUUAGACUCAAACUUCAGCAGUUCAAAGCUAUCUUUUUCAAAAGGUUCCACAGACUUAGACGUAGCAAAAAAGGAUUCUUCUUUGAGAUCAUUAUGCCAGCAUUGUUCAUAUUGGCUUCUAUGGCCCUUGCAAAGAUAAGACCACCAUCAUUUGGAGAACCACCACUGGAACUUCAGCCAUGGAUGUAUACGCCACAGAAAGGAGCACCAAAUCUAUAUACUUUCUUUAGCAAUGAUGGAAAUGACUAUGGUGUUGGUGCUGACUUAACAAAAACAUUACUGACAAAACCAUGGAUGGGCAAUAGAUGCAUGGAUCCAAAGAUUAAACAGAUCAGUGAUUAUUCCUGUAAAGCAGAUAGUUAUGAAUCUUUAUGGUCAGCUGGUGGCAGGUUUACUGGAAAUGAUGCUAUAGACUUUCCUCAAUGUGACUGUUCUAGUGGAUUUCAAAUUUGCCCUCCAGGUGCUGGAGGUCCUGAACCACCAAAGAAACUUCUACCAACAACAGACUAUCUUUAUAACAUGACUGGUCGUAACAUCAGUGAUUGGUUGGUCAAAACAAUGAAGCCGUACCAGAAAAGGAGGUAUGGUGGAUUUUCUUUUGGAGAUAUCAACAAUAUCAGCCUGGCCCUGAACGCAAGUAGAAUACGAGAAAUAUUUGAAGACAUUUUGUAUAAUUUGACUCAGACAUCAGCAAAUUCAUCAGAAUUUUUUAAUGACCUUGAAGACAUUUUAGAAGAUGCUGUUACACAGGAUACUGUCAAGGUAUGGUACAACAAUAAAGGUUGGACAGCCAUUGUUUCCUACAUGAACGUGAUGAAUAAUUUGAUUUUACGUAGCCGACUGAGUCCUGGCCAGAAUCCAGAAGAGUUUGGUAUAACAACAGUAAAUUAUCCCAUGAAUGCAACAGUCAAACAAUUUACUGAAGAAACACUACGAGAAAGUUUUAUAGAUGUGACUAUAGCAAUCUGUAUGAUAUUCGCCAUGUCAUUUAUACCUGCCAGUUUUGUUAUGGUAUUGAUAGAAGAAAGAUCAUCGAACUCCAAACAUUUACAAUUUGUUAGUGGUGUCAAUCCAUUUAUUUACUGGCUAGCAAACUUUCUCUGGGAUAUGGUGAAUUAUAUGAUACCGUCGAUUCUAUGUAUUAUCAUCUUCAUGUGUUUCCAAACAAAGUCGUAUGUUGGACCAGGAAACCUAGAGGUUCUCAUUGUAUUGUUGAUCUUAUAUGGAUUUGCCAUGACCCCUCUGAUGUACCCGUUCACAAGAUUUUUCAGUGUCCCCAGUACAGCUAUGGUAGUACUGACAUCUGUCAAUAUUUUCCUUGGAACUACAUCUACCUUGGCAACAUUUAUUAUAGAAUUCCUGGAAAGAGAUGAUGAGGAACUGAAAAAUGUCAAUGCUAUAUUGAAAAAGGCCUUCCUAUUGUUACCUCAGUACUGUUUAGGACGAGGUUUGACGGACAUGUCUCGUAACCAGCUAUGGGCAGAUAACUCUGAUAUUAUCAGUCCUGGCUCAUAUGAAAAGGUAUGGAAAUCACCAUUUUUGUUUGACCAGGUUGGAAGGAAUUUGUUAUCCAUGUUCUGUAUUGGUAUUUUGUUCUUUACACUAAAUCUACUGAUAGAAUACAACUUCUUCCUCAGUAGAAGUUGGAGCUGUUUCUGGAAUUCCAAACCUAAUUUUAAAUCUCUGGCUGAUGAAGACAUUGAUGUUACAAAUGAGAGAAAAAGAAUAGAUAACAAACAAACAAAGGAUGAUGUUCUUAUUAUUGAUAACCUCACCAAGGUGUAUAGACUUCAUGGAAAGAAGGGGAGAAAUAUAGCAGUAGACAGGUCAUGCUUUGGUGUACCUAAUGGGCAAUGCUUUGGUUUACUAGGUGUAAACGGGGCUGGUAAAACUACAACAUUUAAAAUGUUAACAGGUGAUGUGGACGUUACACAAGGAAAUGCUACACUAAAUGGACACAGUAUUCUAAAAGACUUGGAGAAAGUCCGGCUGGACUUGGGUUACUGUCCACAAUUUGAUGCCUUUGACCCGUUACUGACAGGAAGAGAGAUUCUAUGUUUCUUUGCUAGACUGAGGGGAAUUCAAGAAAAGGACAUUAAACAGAUAACAGAAUGGGGAAUCCGUAAACUUGGUCUGAUUCAGUAUGGAGAUAAAAGGUCUGGUGAUUAUUCGGGGGGAAAUAAAAGAAAACUGUCUACAGCUAUUUCAUUGAUUGGUAAUCCAUCUGUUAUAUUUAUGGAUGAACCUACAACAGGGAUGGACCCUCAUGCCAGGAGAUUCCUUUGGAAUUGUAUAAACAAUAUUGUAAAGGAUGGAAGAUCAGUGGUUUUAACAUCACACAGCAUGGAAGAAUGUGAGGCUUUAUGUAAUAGAUUAGCAAUUAUGGUCAAUGGUAGAUUGAAGUGUAUUGGAAGUACUCAACAUCUCAAAAAUAGAUUUGGUAAUGGCUAUACUGUGAUAAUUCGAGUUGCUGGUGAGGUACCAGUACUGGAACCAGUUAAAGACUUUAUGGCUAAUGUGUUUGGGGAUCCUGAACUAAAAGAGGAGCACAAUAAUAUGUUACAGUAUCAACUGAAUUCCAAAAUAAAAUUGUCUCAUAUAUUUGGUCAGAUGGAGGCAGUGAGGGACAAUCUCAAUAUAGAGGACUACUCUGUUUCUCAGACUACCUUAGAUCAGGUAUUCAUUCAUUUUGCCUCCAAACAGACAGACAUGUUAGAUGAUGAACUGUCCAAUAAGAAAGAAUCAUCUCAUCAUAGAGGUAAACAAUUAAGUUUUAGGAACAGUAUUGUACCUGAUGAUUCUGACAUGGAAAGUGUAACAGGAAGUACUGCAGAUCUAAUGACGCAUGAAAGGAGACUCAAUAUCUAUGGGUCCUUCAGAGGGGAGACCAUGGAUGAUGAAAGUUUAACAGGAAGCACAGUAGGACUGGUUAGACCUAGCAGUUCACGUAGCAGUACACGUAGUACAGCCAGCGAUCAAAACUUUCCAAAUGUUCAGAUAUUCUGAGAAGUUUCAACUUUGUUUAAAGACUGAAAAGAUUCAUCCAAAUGUUGUGAUACUCAUAUGAAUUCCUGAAACUUGAUAUAGUCUGUGAUACAAUGACGCAGAUUUUGUAACUUUGUUAUUUUGUUAUUUACGGACACCACAGAAUUCGUAAUUUUGUUAUCUCAGUAUUUACCAAAGAUCUGUUAAUGAAUUUUUGUUACUUAUUAAUGAUCCUGCACUUAAAGUGAUUACUUAUAUUGUAAAGCAAAUUUGAAUAAUCUUGUUAUUUUACAGAAUUUGAUCAAACAAUCAAUAUGAAUGUCUUAUAAAAGCUUCAGCUACCUCAAGGUUUUCCUGUAUACUUUAUACCACUCACGUUUCACUAUGUUAUUUAUAUUGAUUAAUAUUUCUUAACCCUCUAUAUUUACAAAAAAUGAAGUUGUGUUAUUAUUAACUACAUAUCUGCUGGCAGAUGAUUUUAGAAUGGAGAUGUAAAUAUUCUUGUUUUAGUUAUUUAUUACCAAAUUUUUUACUUUUUAUUUUUAUUUUCAUUAGGUUUGCUUUUGAACAAUAACAUAUCUUGCUCAGUUUUAAGAAUCAAAGAGUUGCUCAUUAUAAUUACAUAAUUUUCUAACUUAUCAAACUGUCUUGGCUACUAAAGAAUUCAUAAUAUGAUACAUGAACAAACUGUCCUUUGAGGAGGAGGAAAUGGUUGUAUAUUUGAUUUCUAAUAAGUCAAAAUUAUUUAUCAAAUUCAAAUUUUUAAUGUGUGCACAUUAUUUAGAGUUAAGAAUAUUUUCAGGUUAAUUUAUACAACUUAUAAUUUUUCAACAUGGAAAAAAAAUCGUUAAUAACUGAUUAUAUUGUGGCAUCAUUUACAAGUUAGUAUUGCUAGUCUUUAUUCUCACAAUUUGUAAGUUUUCUAAAUGAAAAUGGUGCAUAUUUACAACAGACAAAAAUGGCUUACUCAAUUUUAAGUAUUUUUGUCAAUGGAUUAUGCCCUCAAUUUGAUGUUGUUGAUUUUUUUUAAUUUUGUUACCAAAUGAAAGGCAAUGUUUGCAGAAAAGUGGUGCUCAAUCAAAUACUGCAUAUGGGACUGCAAACGUACUUGAAUAUAUGGAAGUUCUUAUUGAUUUAAAGGUUAUUAUGUCAAAGGUCAAGGUUAAAAUAACAGAAUUUAAAAAGACAAAACUUUGUGCAGUAAAGAGAUUUCCUGAUGCUAACACUAUGUAAGGGAAAUUCCUUUAAAUUUGUUGACACAUGUAAAAAGAGGAAGAUCCAUAUUGAUUUUACUGUUUCUUGCUUUAGGGUCAAGGUAAUACUCCCUAAAACAUAAGGCAACAUAACUAUCUAAUAAGAUUACAACUAUGCCAUUGGGUGACUAAAGUAAGAGAUAUUCCAAUUUUUGUUAAGGGCUUGUAGUAUUUAAGCUGUGUCUUUGAUUAAUAAAUAUGUCUCUAAAGGGAGAAAUUUAAAUUAUGUAUAUAAUUGUGAGGCUGAACACUGAGUUCAGGUGUUGAUUGACAGAAAUAAAACAUAUAUUAUGAUAUUCAGAAUGCAACAAUUUAAUAAUGAUAAUUAGUGUCAUGGUUGAUUAAAUAAUUUUUGUGUGCAAAUAAGAGACCAUACAUUUUGGCAAAACUUUUUGUCUAAAUGUUAUUUGUUUGUUUUUUAAUCUACUAAUGCAAACCAAAGAAAAUAUUUCAUUAUAGACGCUGAAACACUUAAACUUUGUUAUUGUUUGUUUACCUGAUGUUAGAAUUAUACCGUAUGUGUUGCAUAACAAAUCUUUAAUUUUUCAUAAUAAUGUUGAGUUUGUGAUAUCCUGAAAGCAUAAUAUCUUAUAGGAUUUUGGCAUAGAUAUGAAAAUAUUUUUUGCCCUUUUGAAGUGCUAUUGUUUUGGGUGAAGUAAAUAUAAGAUUUACUAGUAUAAGCAUUUGAAUUCUUAGACUUUACCCUUUUUUCACACUUACUACGUUUUCUCAUUUUUAUUAAUAUAAUAAACUUGUUGAAGUAUAAACAAUCAUUAAGACUAAUCAUGUUUCACAGAACUAAUAUUUGAGAUUUUUUUAGAAAUAGAAACAAAACAUUAACAUUAUUUUAUACAAACCAGAUUUGGAAUUUUAGGAAAAAGAUUUAUUUUCUCAAUUUUAUAGUAUCAUUUUGGAAACUAUCAGUAAAUUUCGAUCAUGCCUUUGUAUUUAGGAUGUUGUAAGCUAUUGCAAUCAUAUUGUUUAAAUGUAUAAAAAUAAAUCAAAAUUGUUGAUAGGUACGUAUGUUUGUUUUUGAGAAAUAAACAUUUGAAAAAUUACAAUGUUUCGGGUCAAAAAGGUAUAUCUGCAAUGUACUAAUGAAGAAAUGAAUGAUUUACUUUAUAAAACAAAACAUGUACUAAGAAUUUCAAAAUGUUUUACCAAUGAUAGUCAGAUCUUUUAAAGGCAAACAUAAAUGUAGAGUUAGCUUUUAAAAAAUGCUAAUGCAGAGCAUAGGAAAAAAAACAGAGAUUUUAGAGAGUAAUAUAGAAAAA